ACCUUCUUCAUCAACAUUCAACAUCAUCAUGUUUCUUCUGAUUUUGUUUGCGUUUUUAGCUCUGGUAGUCGGUUUCUGGUUGGUUCCUCGGGUAUUAUCCAGGACUUCCCUAGGCCAUUUCCUGUUAAAUCGAUGGCGAUUCUUCGAGGAAUCUUUUCACGCCCACCAGUUCUACAAGAUUCCCAAAUUCAAUCAGCAUAUGCAAGAGAAUCAAGUUUAUCAUCAAGUUCUUACCUAUCUUAAUUCCUUACCUUCCGCUGCGGAUUCCGAUUUCGUCAAUCUCUUCUCCGGUUACAACAAAUCCAACCAGAUUAUUCUCGUUAUAGAUGCCCACCAGGUGUUUCCCGACACCUUUCUCGGAUCCAGAGUCUACUGGAAGUUUGAUAAGGAUUGUUUUGUUUUGAAGAUGCGAAGGAAGGAGAAACGCAGGAUUUUAAGUUCCUACCUUCAACACAUUCAUAAAGUCGCCGACGAGAUCGAGCAGAAGAGCAAUGAAGUCAUGCUCUACAUCAACUCGGAGAAUGAACCAGAGAGGAACGGAAGGUGGAUAUCCACUCCGUUUACACAUCCGGCGACGAUCGACACGGCGGUCAUCGAUUCCGACCUUAAGAAUAAGGUGAAGUCUGAUUUGGAAUCGUUUUUGAAAUCUAAACAGUACUAUCACCGUCUCGGUCGUGUCUGGAAACGAAGUUAUCUACUGUACGGUCCCUCCGGCACCGGAAAAUCGAGCUUCAUUGCCGGAAUGGCAAAGUUCCUCUGUUACGACAUAUACGACGUGGAUAUGUUAAAAAUCACCGGCGAUUCCGAUCUGAAACGGCUUUUGUUACAGACGACCAGCAAGUCAAUGAUCGUCGUGGAGGACUUGGACCGGUAUCUUGCGGAGAAAUCAACGGCUGUGAGUUUAUCUGGAGUUUUAAAUUUCAUGGACGGGAUCAUCUCAUGCUGUGGUGAAGAGCGCUUAAUGGUUUUCACAGUCAGCAACAAAGAUCAAGUUGAUCCAACGGUUCUGAGGCCCGGUAGAAUAGACGUCCACAUACACUUCCCCUUAUGCGAUUUCUCCUCAUUCAAAAAUCUCGCCAACAGUCAUUUGGGGAUUAAAGAACACAAGCUAUUCCCACAAGUCGAAGAAAUAUUCCAAACCGGCGCAAGCCUGAGCGCAGCCGAGAUCGGUGAGAUCAUGAUAUCGAACCGUGGCUCACCGACACGAGCUCUUAAAACCGUCAUCAAUGCAUUACAAACAAACAACGAUGCCAAGACCACAAGUAGCAAGACUGGAUUGAUUCAUAAGCUAACACACAAUGGUUCGGUUACUGGAUCAUCUGGUGCACCACGUAACUUGAGCCACAGUGGCUCGAUUGAUGGGUUGGUUGAUUUGCCCUCAAAAUUGACGCAUAGUGGGUCUUCGAGAACCAUAGAGGAGUCAGGUGAUUCUGGGAUAUUUUGUAUGGAAAACAUGCAUACAGGAAAAGAACUCAAAAAGUUAUACGGAUUAUUGAGGAACAGAAGUCGUCGAAAGGAAUCAGUUGAUUUAGAUGGAGGAGAUGCAAAAUUAUCGACAUGAAACCAUGUCCAAACAAUUUCGGGUACAAAUUAAUUUUGUUUUAUUUAAAAGAUUGUUUUACAUUUUUUUUA